AUGUCGACGGGAAAAUCGCAUAUGACCACGCAAGAUGCAGCUCGAAUCCAGUCGGCUCAAGCUCGCGCCCAUGGCGGAAAAGUUGAAUCGGGCACUUUUGCUGCUAGGGCACAAUCGGCAGCGGCCCGUAAUGUAAAUACAGGAAAAGUUUCCAGCGGCGGAUCUAAAGGAAGUGGCGGCGGUAGUCGCGGAGGAGGGCAUCGUAGCGGCGGAAAGCGUAACGGUAGUACCAACCUUUUAGCGAGAAUGCCGCUUGCAAACCCUAUCAAUUUCCCAAAAUGGCUCUCUGAACACGAGCACCUUCUCCAACCGCCUGUGAAUAAUUUUUUGCUACAGCGCGGCGAUUUCAUAAUUAUGGUCGUUGGGGGACCUAACGCCAGAACCGAUUAUCAUAUAAAUCAGACGGAGGAAUGGUUUUACCAGUAUAAAGGGGAUAUGCUACUGAAGGUGGUGGACGGAGAUGAGUUCAAAGAUAUCGCCAUUCGGGAGGGCGGGAUGUUCCUGCUUCCGGCCAACACUCCUCACAACCCCGUGAGGUUUGCUGAUACUGUCGGAAUCGUUAUUGAGAGGAAUCGUAGCUCGGAUGAGAUUGAUAAACUUAGAUGGUAUUGCUCGACCUGCAAAUCCAUCGUCUAUGAAGAAUCAUUUCAUUGUUAUGACCUUGGCACGCAGUUGAAACCGAUCAUUCAAAAGUAUGCGAGUGAUGAACUCUUGCGAACUUGCAAAGGAUGUGGGAAUGUUAAUGAAGCCAAAUAA